UAGAUUCUCUCUCUCUCGAGCGGAGAGGAGCUCACAGGGUUUCUCUGACUUUUCCGUCUCGGCCAGGGAGGAAACGGCUCUUUUUGUGGGAGCGACGUUGGAUCUCAGCAAAUGAUAUCCAUUGGGGGGUGUAGAGUUACAACUUAACUAAUUUUAAUCCAAACACGUGAAAUCGUAGCCGGGCCUGAUGCAAGCGGCCCGGGGCCGAAGAAGGGGUCGCGCAGGGUUUGUUGCCUUUGGCUGCCGUGCUCGCUGCGGUUUGGGAUGGACCUGUCACUCUCGCUGAACAGAUGUUUGUCUGAACUGCCAAGAAGAAACAAAAACAACAUUGUUGGAUGGGAGAGAGAGGAAGCUAAACGCCGACUCUGCUGCUAAUGAGAAAACAGCGCAAUCAAUCUGAUGAUGACUGGAGGGAAAGAGAAGCUUGUGCGGUUGCUGAUGUGAUUUAGUCUUUGGGGUGAUGGUGGCAGCGUGAGAGAGAGAGAGAGAGAGAGAAAGAGGAGGGGAGCUGAUUCUGGGAAUCUGUGACUGAGCUUCUGGUGUUGGAUGUCCUGUGAUUUCAGCUAAACGGGGAUCAUAACUUUGCUGAGAACACCAUGAAUGAACUACUGGGCUGGUACGGGUAUGAUCAUGUAGACCUGCCCGACUCUAAUUCACCUGACAGCCGUCACCGAGCAAAACGCAACCAUAUAUCUGUUCUUAAAGAGAAUUCAGUGCCAAAGCCGAAUGCUACAGAGAGGAACGUGCCAUCAUCUUCAUCAGAGCCCACGAAGAACGGUGAGAUGGAAUUGGCUGCCACGCCCAUCUCAUCUUCAUCAUCCUCUGCAUCUCCACGGACCAGAGAGCAACACAGCAUGAAUGUUGUUGUACCAUUGAUCAAACCAUCUGCUGUGGAAGAUGUGCAGAAUGUUCAGAUUGUGUGUGUAUGGUGUCAGAAGGAAGGUAUGAAGCGUUACUCUCUCCUCAUGGGUUCAGACCUCAAGAGUUUUUGCAGUGAAAAGUGUUUCGCUGCCUGUCGUCGGGCAUACUUCAAACGGAAUAAGGCUCGAGAUGAAGAUCGUCAUGGCGACCAGUCUCCGCCUCCCGGCCAAACACUAGACACACCCUCAAGACUUCUGCUGAAGAUGAACAACAACACACGUGUCUGUGAUUGGUGUAAACACAUCCGUCACACUAAAGAGUAUCUGGACUUUGGUUCUGGUGAGGAGAGGCUGCAGUUCUGUAGCACCAAAUGUCUGAAUCAGUACAAGAUGGAUGUGUUUUAUAGGGAAGCGCGUGCCGCUCUCAAUGGUUCUGCUUCUGAUUACAAAGAUGAGGAGAGUCAUCAGAAAACCAGUGCUGUAGAGAACCAGAAACUUCUAACCCCAGAGUCAUGGGACAGCUCUUCGGCUAAAACGCUGUCUCCUAAAACCCCAACGCCCACUUCGGUUUCUGUGUCUGUGCUUGACGCAACAUCAUCUUCUUCAUCAUCUUCCUCACUGAGAACGGCCAUCACAACGUUGCGGGAGCGGUCGUGUCCUCUGCAGAUUCAGAAGAGCGCAUCGCCCUCAUCCGCUGGCCCGUCUCAUAUCAUUUUGGACCAACCACGGCCACCUCAGAUCACCCUCCCUUUUAUUCGCCCACCCCAGCACGCCCCUGGUCUGCGGAGCCCCACCCCUCACCUACCCCGUAACCCACCACACCCUGCCAGCCCCAUCCAGACGCGACCUCCACAUCCACCUACAUUUGCCCCACUCCACCCACCCCCUCUUCUUCAGCACUACCCUGCUCCAUAUGUGCCCUUCCACCCCACUUUCCCUCCUCAACUGCCCCCACCGUGGCCACAACCCAUGAUGCUGGUGCCAUACCCCAUCAUGGUGCCCAUCCCAGUGCCGAUUCCCAUUCCCAUCCCUAUAUCUCGAUUUCCGGGUCACACGGGAGUCAUACGAAGCCUCCGGGAGCAAAAAGAGAAAGACCCAGGUGAUCUCACACCCGAUUUGAGUCGCUCCAGCUCCGAAGAGAUCAGCGGAGAUCAGGAUCAACACAGAAUAAAAACAGAACAAACUCUUUCCCCUCUCACUCCCUCUAAAUCUUUCGGGUCUUCAGAGCGGCAGGUGAUUCAGUGUCUUCACAGGCACCCGGUGAAAGAGGAAGCUGAGGACAGGACGACCACACCUGACCCGCACGCUUCCGAAACCCAGACGCACGUCCAGACGCACCCCACACACAUCUCGCAUGUUCUACGGAAAGCACUUAAACAUCAUACCGCCAACACGGCGUCUGUGCUCACGCCAACGCCCUCUGCGUCAUCGGACGAUAAAACCGUCACUCCGGCGUCCCUGUAUUCGUUGGCCCGUUCGACCGCCAUUCAGGUCGCCUCUGUUUCAUUAGACAAUACACACAGACCUUGCCCCGCCUCUGCUUUGACACCAAGCUCCGCCCACAUUCCGUCACCCCUGUCCGAUGGCGAGGGUGUCAAGGAGAACAGUUUUUUGGGUGUACGGGAAAAUGACUCGACCAAUACCUGGUCAGCAGAGCAAACGGACUGCAAAAGUGACCAAUCAAAAGAAAGUAUGGUGGCUGAGGAUGAGUGUCAAGAUGUUGAGCACACAUACGCUCGAUCCGUCCCUCCGAAACUACGUGAGAAGAAUGCACACACAAGCACACAAACGCACUUACACGCACAAACACACAGCUGGGAGAAGAACUCACACACAUCUCAACAAAACUCAGAGGCGAGCGUCAGGGACGACCCAGAGCCGGCUGUGAAGAGAAGAUGUUUAAGAAUCAGAGAUCAGAAUAAGUGAGCCUGAUGUGUGAGCACUGGUGAAAGUGUUUGGGUCGGAAAUCAAGUGUGUGAACGUAAAGAGGUCACAUUUAGCCCGGAAACAACGCCCUGUGGUGACCCUGUACCAGCAGAUGUCCAAAAGGUCACGUCCAGCUUUCAGAGCACCAAAAGGGCCUGACUCCAGAAGAUCACGAGGACCAUCAGUAGACAUGCAGAGAUCAGACAGGAGUGAUCCAAUUACACUUUUACUGUGUGUGUAUGUUUCUGCCGAGACUCUACAAAGCCAGGCAUUGUUUAACACUGCCAACCCAUCCUCACCGCCUGUGUGUGUGUGCGUGUGUGUGUGUGUGUGUGUGUGUGUGUGUGUGUGUGUGUGUGUGUGUGUGUGUGUGUGUGUGUGUGUGUGUGUGUGUGUGUGUGUGUGUGUGUGUGUGUGUGUGUGUGUGUGUGUGUGUGUGUGUGUGUGUGUGUGUGUGUGUGUGUUGUGUGUGUGUUCAGCUGUGGUGUAAGGUUACCUGACACACUGGCGCUUUGGCUACAGGGCAUUUUUAGACUUCAUCUGAAGAGUGCCAGGAUUGUACAAACACACACAGACACACACAUUAUUCAUCUAUAUCAGGACGACUGAGAGCUGAGGCUCACAUACAGAGUAAAAGUGUUUGUGUUGAAAGAUCAGAACCGGCUCAAAUUUAUUUCAGAACGUCUGAAUUUUCUAUUUUUAACUGCCAUGGUUUGUUUGUCUGUUACUUCAAAGUGUACUAUGGUAUUGCCAUCGUGGCUGUGUCAAAAAUUCCAUUGUAUUACCAUAGUACAGUUUACAAAAAAAAAAAAAAAAAACACUUCAAGAUGCAUAUGACACCACAUGUCACUUGAAUCUAUAUGUUUGAACAUUUUUUUUUUUUUGCUGAAAUUUCCUAAACAUUUUUAUCCUAAACACAAGAGAAUUUAAACUCAAUUUGUAUCACUGUCUCUUGUUGCCAUAAACAACAUGAAACCCAUCAAUUAAAAACAACACAUGUGUAUCAGUUUUAUAAUGACCAAAGCCAGUCAGUUUUUAGUCAACACUUUUAUGAAUGUCCAGCAGAGGACAACAUUGAUAUUAAAAAUCACCUGAGCUGUGCAUCUGUUGAUAUUCAUUGAUUUUUGUCAAUAUGAGAAGUGUCUAUUUGUCAUAUCUUUUUCACAAUAGUGCCAAUCUUUACAUCUAAGCAGUGCAUUUAAAAAAGCCUGAACAAAACUGAAGUAAUUCAAAUGUCUUCAUAAAAUGUUUAUGGGCAUUUAUUGUAUUCAUGAUGUAAUCACUGGCCAAUUAAAAUAAAUGGUUUGUGUAUAUUU